AUAUUUAUAAUCUUUUACUGCUGCUAUUGUUGAGUUCAUUUCAGUCGACGUUGUAUUCUUGUUUUCUUCUUCUUCUUCUUCUUCUUCUUUCUCACUUUCUCUCAGCUUCCUGCAAAUCCAGUCACAUUUUUCUGCUUGCAGACUGCCAAGAAAGAUAUGGAGAACAAGUGUGGAAUCAAGAAAGAUAUUACUGAAUUAAUAGGAAAUACCCCUUUGGUAUAUCUGAAUAAGGUUGUGGACGGCUGUGUAGCUCGCAUUGCUGCAAAGCUUGAAAUGUUCGAACCAACCGCUAGUGUGAAAGACAGAAUUGCAUACAGCAUGAUCCGGGAUGCAGAAGAUAAGGGCUUAAUUACUCCAGGGAAGACCGUCCUAGUUGAACCCACGAGUGGCAACACCGGCAUUGGUUUGGCAGCAAUUGCUGCGGUGAAAGGUUACAAACUUAUACUCACCAUGCCCGCUUCAAUGAGUCUCGAAAGAAGAACUGUGCUACGAGCUCUUGGAGCUGAGGUUCGCCUUUCUGAUCCGGUCAGGUCCUUUCCAGGAGCACUUGAGAAGGCAGAGGAGAUACUAAAUAAAUUACCUGAUGGCUACAUGCUUCAGCAAUUUGAAAAUCCUGCGAAUCCAAAGAUUCAUUACGAGACCACUGGCCCAGAAAUAUGGAGAGACACCAGUGGGAAAGUUGAUAUCUUGGUUUCAGGAAUUGGAACUGGUGGUACUGCAACUGGAGCUGGAAGAUUCCUUAAGGAGAAGAACAAAGACAUUAAGGUGUAUGGUAUAGAACGAAGAAAGUGCAGUCCUGAAUGGAGAAAACCUGGCCCGCAUCUGAUCCAAGGACUUGGUGCUGGAAUCGUUCCUAAUGUUCUGGACGUGGAGUUGCUGGAUGAAGUUUUUAAAAUCUCAGGUGAGGAAGCCAUUGAAACUACUAAGCUGCUUGCCCUGAAAGAAGGUUUGCUGGUGGGUAUAUCUUCUGGGGCUGCAGCAGCAGCUGCAAUUAGAUUGGCAAAGAGACCUGAAAAUGGGAAACUCAUUGUUGCAGUAUUCCCAAGUUUUGGAGAGCGUUACUUAUCUUCCAAGCUUUUUGAUUCAAUCAGGCAAGAGGUGGAAAACAUGACUUAUGAAUGACUUCUUCCAAGUUAUCGGUUAAUAGCAGCUUUUGAAAUUUUCAAAUGUUUUAAAUUAUACGUAUGUACUUUUCUAUGAAUUGAAAAGUCAAUCAGAAAUAUCAGCAGAAACCAUUAAAAUCA